UUCAAUGGCAAUAUAUUUUCCCUGUUUCCGUUAUUAUCACACUUCAGCUUCUUCUCCUCUUUUUUAUGGAGUGGGAAAAUCCCAAUACCGCCCAUCGUUAAAAUGUUCACAUUUAUUAGCGAAAAAUCAAGAUUACUCAACUUUUUUUAAAACUAGAAAAACCCAUCAGAAUCAAAGGGCUUUUCUUGAAAAGCUCAAGGGACAGCAAGAUUUUGACCCAGUUCAGAUGCUAAAGGAAGAUGGGGACUGGAGCAAUGAACAAUUAUGGGAUGUUGUUAAAUUCCUCAAAAAGACUUCAAGGUGCAAUGAAUUUCGUGAGGUAUUUGACUUGUGGAAGUCUAUGGAAAAAUCAAGAAUCAAUGAAGCCAAUUAUGAGAAGAUCAUAGAGAUUUUAGUCAAGGAGGGACUGUUAGAAGAAGCUGAAAUAUGUCUAAGAGAAAUGAAAUGCUAUGAACUUCAACCUUCUACAGGGAUAUACAAUUCUGUAAUUCAUGGCUUUGCUAGAAAGGGGAGUUUCGACAAUGCUAUGUUUUAUCUCAGAGAGAUGGAAGAUGUUGGUGAGAAGCCAGAUUCUGAAACCUAUGAUGGUCUAAUACAAGCUUAUGGGAACUAUAAAAUGUAUGAUGAGAUAGAUCAAUGUGUAAGGGCAAUGGAGUCUAAGGGAUAUUUAUGUGAUCAUAUCACUUACAAUUUGCUGGUUAGAGAAUUUGCAAGAGCUGGAUUGCUCCAAAAGAUGGAAAGUAUGUAUAACAGUCUCUACAGUAGAAGAAUAGGUUUGCAAGCUUCUACUUUGGUUGCAAUGCUUGAGGCAUAUGCAAAAUUCGGGAUCUUGGACAAAAUGGAAAAGAUGUAUCGACGGAUUUUGAACUCAAAGUCUUCUUUGAAAGAGGAUGUAAUUCGAAAAUUAGCAGCAGUUUACAUUGAUAAUCGUAUGUUUUCUAGAUUAGAAGGUUUGGGACUGGAUCUUUAUGCAAAAACUGGUUGCACUGAUCUAGUAUGGUGUUUGCGCAUUCUCUCACGUGCUUGUGUUUUGAGUAAAAAAGAAAUGUAUUCCAUUAUCCAGGAGAUGGAAUCACAUGAAGUGCCGUGGAAUGCAACUACUGCAAACAUUAUCUCUCUAGCUUAUUUGAAAAUGAAAGAUUUUAGAGACUUGAAAGUAUUGCUUUCAGAACUACCAUCUCGGUAUGUAAAACCUGAUUUAGUCACUGUUGGAGUCCUGUUUGAUGCGUGCGUAUUAGGAUUUGAUGGGGCAUCUGUUAAAAGUACUUGGAGAAAAAUGGGAUUUCUUGAUGAUGAUGUGGACAUGAACACUGAUAGUCUUGUUCUCUCUGCAUUUGGUAAGGGACAAUUCCUUAGAAGUUGUGAGCAGAUGUACAGGUCCCUCAAUGUCAAAAGUAGGACAAAAGAAGCAUGGACAUAUGGCCGACUCAUCGGUUUGGUAAUUAAACUGAAUAGGGAUCAAGUGGGGAGUUGAAAUAGAUUUAAACAACAUUCUGAUUUCACCAUGAAAUAACAGUCUUAGAGUAGAUGGGGUACCAGACUUGAAAAAGGCCACACGCGUUUCUAGUCACCAGAGAAAAUCUCUCUAGUGCACUGAGGCUUCUAGUUGAUGCUCUUUUCCACCGAGAAACUUUGGCAUAAUUUUGUAGUCAUCGAAGUUAUCCUGAAGACAACCCGUGUGUUGAAGUUGCACUCAUUGGAAGACCGUUAGGACUUACAAUGCUUGGCUUCUGCUAGUUGAGGAGAAAUUGCUCAUGAUUUUCAAUAUCGCAUACUGCAUAGAAUUUGAGGAUGGACAAUGCCAUUCCUUUAUUAGGAAUGGGCAAACGAAUUGUUUUACACGAGUAGGUUGGAGUCUGUGCUCUCGUCUGUGUAUUAGAACAGGAGGGAAUUGAGCCAGGAUUUAAAUGGCAAAAAUAAGAAAGCUCAAGAAUUUUCUGGACUGCAACACCUUAUAUCGUUCACGGAAUCCCUAUCAGUUCAAUUUUCUGCAAAACUCUAGGUGAUCCUUUUGAGAAAAGUUUCUGAAUAGCCUAAGUAGCUUUUACUUCAACACCAGAAAUGGUGUUGCUUUUCCAACAGUUGGUUUCAACUCCCUUUUUUGACUGAGGUGAACUUAUGACGAUGGUCGGUGCUUGACCACUGCCUCAGUGCGUCCACCCUCCAGUGUCAGAAAAUACGAAGAAAAUGACUGUGGCGUUCACAGAGCUGAUAAAUAGGCACUUUGGCUUCAAGAUUUGCUCAGCGUAGUAGCAUCUGCUGGAAGAUAAGGCUGUUGUACACACAGAUAGCCAAAUGCUCUACACCGUAGUAGAAAUUCUGUGUUCCAUUGUGUUAGAAAGAUGUUGAACUCAUACCAUUUCAUCAGAGAAAUGGUACUAUGGUAGCACAAGGUCGUUUGAGUUGGACCUGUCUGUAUCAAUAUACGUACUUCAUGUUUAUAUCACUGCUUUAUACUCUUGAAGUCUCGUGUUGAAAAUAGUUGGACCAUUCUGAGUUGAGAAUUAAACCGUUGUUGAGAAACCUUGUUAAAUUCGAAGUUAAAAUUUGACAAUGAAAACGAACAUAGUUGAUCACA